AUGUGCCCAUCCGAUUUCCGCAAAAAGGCCGGUCUGGCCCAAAUGUUGAAACAGGGCGUCAUCAUGGACGUCACAAGCGUCGAGGAGGCCUUGAUCGCCGAGGAGGCAGGCGCUGUUGCUGUGAUGGCUCUCGAGAGAGUGCCCUCCGACAUCAGGAAAGAGGGGGGUGUUGCCCGCAUGUCUGACCCUCACAUGAUCAGGUCCAUCAUGAGCGCUGUGUCGAUUCCCGUGAUGGCCAAGGUCAGGAUAGGACACACGGUGGAGGCAGAGAUGUUGGAAGCUCUGGGCGUGGAUUUCAUCGACGAGUCGGAGGUUCUCACGGUCGCAGACAGAAAGCACCACGUGAGCAAAGAGGACUUCAACGUGCCCUUUGUUUGCGGAGCAAAAGACCUGGGCGAGGCUCUGCGACGUAUUGUAGAGGGAGCAGCCAUGAUCAGGACCAAAGGUGAGGCCGGAACAGGCGACGUCAGCGAGGCAAUCCACCACAUUCGCCAGAUCAAAAGCGAGACAGACGAUGUGGUGGCCAAUUGCCUUGUUCUGCUAGACGACUCCACGAACGAGCCCGGUCUUGCGCGGUUGAAAGGGUUCUCGGAAAAAUUCAGAGUCGAUGAGGACUCCGUUAUGGAGCUGGUGAGAAACGGGGGCAAGUUACCGGUGGUGAAUUUCGCCGCGGGCGGGAUCGCGACGCCGGCCGACGCUGCUUUGUGCAUGCGCUUGGGCUGCGACGGUGUGUUUGUUGGAUCUGGAAUCUUCAAGAGCUCCAACCCUGCCAAGCUGGCCAAGGCAAUUGUCGAGGCGGUGCACUGGUAUCUCGAGCCGGAGGAGAUUCUCAAAGCGAGCUUUGAUCUCGGCGAGCCGAUGCGCGGCACCCAAGUCAGCGGCCUGAAAGAGGAGGAAAAACUGUCCGUGAGAGGCUGGUAG